AUGUCAUCUGAUUUCUGGGCUGGUUACCUCAGCGGUGCCCUGGGGAUUAUAAUCGGCAAUCCCUUGGAUGUGAUCAAGGUCCGACUGCAGGCAGGCCAUUCAAGAGAUGCAUCUGCCCAAUCACAACUAAGCCGCUUCGAGAAAGCGAGUUCGCUCGUACGAGGUGCGGCUGCUCCAAUUUUGGGAUAUGGAGCUCUCAAUGCGCUGCUAUUCGUGGCCUACAAUCGGUCUUUGAUGGCCAUGGACAGCAGCAUUACAGACCCCACUAACCCGGACGGUGUGCCAUUAUACAAGAUCUGGAUUGCUGGCGCUGCAGGCGGUCUUGCCAGCUGGACUAUUUCAUCUCCGACAGAGUUCAUCAAGUGCAGGGCGCAGCUGGACUCACGUCCAGAGGUCUCGUCCUGGACGGUUGCUAAAGAUAUAUAUCACAAUCGAGGGUGGAGGGGCUUGUACUAUGGGGGAGCAAUUACGAGUGCACGAGAUUCAAUUGGUUAUGGUUUCUAUUUCUGGUCAUAUGAACUUUGCAAACGCUUUAUGACAAUUGAGAAUGAAACGCCUCAUCAGGCUGCUAUGAAGAUUCUCCUCUGCGGUGGCAUUGCUGGCAUUGUCACCUGGGGAUCGGUCUUUCCUCUGGAUAUGGUCAAGACGCGAUUACAGGCACAGACGAUGCAUGACCAUUCUUUCACACAUGUAGCCAGCGAGAACCAAAGUCUUCUACGGCAGCCUCGGGCGACACUGAAUUCCUUUCAGAUGGCCCGAGAGGUCUACCGGGCCGAGGGCAUGGGUGCCUUUUAUCGGGGCCUCGGGAUCUGCAGCAUUCGAGCGUUUAUUGUGAACGCUGUUCAGUGGGCUUGCUACGAAUGGCUGAUGAAGAGCUUCAACAAUGCGAGUGUACCCGUGCCAGUCACUGAACGUAUAUAG